UCGACAUGUCGUCCGAGGGUUACUCAGCGAACGAGGUGGACGCCAUGACGGACAGGAUAGCGGCCACCUACGCAGGCCUCUCAGUGUUCGUCACUGGAGGCACUGGUUUCAUGGGGAAGGUGCUGAUUGAAAAACUGCUCAGAAAAUGCACAGAAAUCCGCCAGAUCUACCUCUUGGUGCGACCGAAGAAAGGGAAGACCCCGAAACAGAGGCUGGAAGAGUUAUUCCAGGGAGAGCUGUUCGAGCAACUCCGCAACCUUCGUGGUGGAGUGGAACCGAUCUUGGAGAAGGUGACCCUCAUCUCUGGUGACGUCAGCGAACCCGACCUGGCUAUGAGCGAGGCGGACAGACAGCUGCUGAUUGAAAACGUGGAUAUUAUUAUACACGCUGCUGCCACUAUCAGAUUUGACGAAGAACUAAAGAAAGCAGUGCUCCUAAACGUCAGAGGCACAAAACUGAUCGUAGAGUUGGCUAAAACCUGCAAAAAACUGAAGUUAUUCAUCCACAUCUCGACGGCCUACUGCCACCUCCACGAGAAGCUUCUGGAAGAGAAGCCUUACCCUCCCCCCGCGGAUCCUCACCAGAUCAUCCAGGCUAUGGAGUGGAUGGAUGAGGAAACCGUCGCUCAGUUAACACCUAAGUUACUGGACAAACUGCCGAAUUCGUAUGCGUUCACGAAAGCUCUCGGCGAGGCCGUGGUGGUGGAAGCGAUGGAAGCUGACCUCAUCCCUGCCAUGAUCCUCAGGCCUUCCAUCGUCAUCCCCAUCUGGCAGGAGCCUCUACCAGGAUGGACGGACAACAUUAACGGCCCCACUGGUCUUCUUAUUGGCGCGGGCAAGGGUGUGAUCAGGACUAUGUAUUGCAAGAGCAACAGCUAUGCUGACUACCUGCCUGUUGACGUCUUCAUAAACGGAAUCAUGAUUAGUGCGUGGAACUACAUCACAUACGGCGACAAAAAGUCAAGAGUGGUCAACUUCACCUCCAGCGCUGAAAUCAAGGUGACAUGGCUGGAGAUGAUCGACGCAGGACGCGAGAUCAUCAUGAACAGAGUGCCGCUUAACGGUGUUGUGUGGUACCCCGGCGGUUCCAUGAAGCACUCCCGGUUGUACCACAACAUCUGCGCGCUGUUCUUCCACUGGAUCCCCGCUAUCCUGAUCGACAUACUGCUGUUCUGCCUCGGGUACAAGCCUAUCCUGAUGCGCGUCCACCGCCGUAUCAGCAAAGGCUUCGAAGUGUUCGAGUACUACACCAACAACCAGUGGGACUUCAAGUCUGACAUCGCCCAGACUGUCAGACAACGUCUCAACACGAGAGAGAGGAGAGACUACAAAGUGGAUGCUGUUGGUCUGGACAUCAUGAAGUACUUCGAAGACUGCAUCAAGGCUGCUCGUAUCUACAUCCUGAAGGAGUACGACGACACAUUGCCCGCAGCUCGAAGGCAUAUGAGAGUAAUGUACUGGGUAGACGUUAUCGCUCAGUGCCUGUUCUGGGGCCUGAUUCUGUACUGGAUCAGUGGCUGGUUUCCGAGCAUAACGUCAGUAUUCGCCACCAGUGAUCCUGCGCCGACUGUCAUGGCUGCAUAGGCGUCCACACUCGACAAUCUCAUAGAAUAACUUACGUUUGCCCGAAAAAUUGCAUGAAAUUAAGAGCUAGUGAACGCCAGACCUACGUUAUUUUAUAAAGGCUAAAAGUUUGUCAGCGUAUGCUCCGCACGUAGCAAAGAACCAUGGCCAAACAUGAAGUUUGGGUCAUCGUUGCUUUGGCAGACAGACGGUGCUAAAAGUGUGUAAAAUACCAACCCAAUUACGUCAAAUUAUAAAGGCUGAUUUUUUUAAUCCCGUCUUAGUGAGCACCUACAUUCUAAAAGGAAACCCCAUGCAAAACUUGAGACUCCUAGCACUUGUAGUUUCUGAGAUUUCGUGAUGAGUGAUGUCGAAUGCGUAAAAAUUGACAUGUAUGACGGAUUGUACAGCGCCCCUAGCGGACACUUUAAAGAACUGAAAUCUCCGUGGAAAAUAUAUUUUUUAACGCGCUCGCUAGUGACUUUUGAUGUAAACUCACACUAAGCCCUCUGUUGUUAAGAAAUAAUUUGCUGUGAAUGUUGUAAUUAAUAAUGCCACACGGUGGCAUUAUAGGGCUCUUUCCUAAGGAGGCAUCCAGUAUUUUGCAGGAUCCUGUUUAAUAUGUUCAAACGAACAAGUGAUAUGUUCAAAGACGGAUCCGUUCGGAUUUCAAAUUCGAAUUCCAAACACUAAUGAGUGUUCACUCGACAGUCAAGUUUUGCGUGGUCCUGCAUUAACUACUGGAUCCCCAAAACUGGAUUGCAAUGGGAAGAGGCUCUUAUUGUUUUAUGAGCUGUCUUGCAACAAACGUAUGAAUUAUGUGUAUGUAAUUUGUAAGUGUUAUAACGGUGUAGGUGCCUGUUUAGUAUAAUAUUGUAUUCUAUCAAGACUGCGUUAGGCAAAAAGGCGACUUUCGUCUUAAAUUAUGUCUAUAAUGCUGCGUGGGGCGUUCGUGGGGAGUUCGCGGGGCGUUGGAAUUUAAAGGACCACGAAUGCCCCGCUCCGUCUUAUACAAAGAGAAGACUCGCGUAGCAUUGUGGAUGUAUUAUUAUUAAUGUAGAUAUUAAUUGUAUUUUAGCAAUGAGUCCCAAGUUAAGCAAAUUGUAUAGUUUUGUACCUUUUUGUAUAUUUUUCAUGUAUUAGACUCAUUUACUAAAGUAUGUUGUUGUUAAGGUGAUUUUUGUACAUUAAAACUUUUUGUAUUAAA